UUCACGUGGAGGCGGGGAAGUCUGGCUUACGGGAAUGAUCACUAAGACCCAAAAAGUAGACCUGGGCCUUGGGCUCCCAGAGAAGAAGAUGAAGAAGAAGGUGGUCAAAGAACCAGAGACUCAAUACUCAGUUUUACACAAUGAUAAGUAUUUCUCUGACAGUUCUCCUGUAAGAGCCACAUCCCUCUCUAAGAAUGUGUCUGAGACCCGGUUGCACGCCCGACCAGCAGACAAGUCACCCAGCCCCAGGAAGCAGUCCCUUGGUUACUCUGAGGUCUGCAGGGGGGAGAAGAAGACAAAGAGGAAGUCCUUGUUAACUCUGGCUGUGUCCCAUGGCUCAGGGACAAAGACCUCCCCAGACCGCAGACCAAGUGACGAGGUGACCAGAGUUGGCAAGAAGCUUAAAAAACACAAGAAGGAAAAAAAGGCCAAG